ACGGAGAAAGUCGAACAAACCCCGGAAGCUUCAUCGUUAGUGGCCACUGUCAUCCCGUUGUUAGAGCGAUGUUAUACCUCUGAUGUGGGUACGGCUGGGUUUAGCCCAUUCAGGACGCAAAAAUGCAAUAAAAAGGCGUUGCAUAAACGACAAAUAAGGAUUUUUAAGGUGUCAUUACAUAUGCCACUCUACAACGGUACUUUAUCAUAAAUGCAGGUCCCGGAGGUACACAUCACAGUAUGUUACUGUAAAGACCAAACAAAUUAGGGCAGGAUGCAGUCUUCAAAUCACCGACUGCGAGAUAUGGAGCAGCACCACCCGCUGCUGUCAGCCAGUGGAGAUGUUGAGACGGGGAGUCUGGGAGCCGGAGUGAUGGUUGGUGGCCCCCACAGUGGACACACAGUGGGGAACCGUACACUGUGGUUCAUCCAGGACAGCUGUGGAAUGGUGUGCGCAACUAUGACCUGGUUCCUGGUCCUGUACGCUGAAUUUGUGGUGAAUUUUGUCAUGCUGCUGCCUGCCAAAAACUUCUGGUACUCACUUCUGAAUGGGGCCACCUUCAACUCCCUGGCUGUGCUUGCAUUGGCCUCACAUAUGCGCACCAUGUUGACUGACCCGGGUGCAGUCCCAAAGGGCAAUGCGACUAAAGAGUACAUGGAGAGCUUGCAGCUGAAGCCCGGUGAAGUCAUCUACAAGUGUCCAAAGUGCUGCAGCAUCAAGCCUGAGAGAGCACAUCACUGCAGUAUUUGUAAAAGAUGCAUCCGAAAGAUGGAUCAUCACUGUCCCUGGGUCAAUAACUGUGUGGGAGAAAAGAAUCAGAGAUUCUUUGUACUUUUCACUAUGUACAUAGCACUGAUUUCUGCACACGCCCUGGCUCUUAGUGGGAUACACUUCUUCACCUGUAUUAAAGUUCAGUGGAAUGAGUGCAGUGAAUUCUCUCCAGGGGUGUCUGUGCUGCUUCUCAUCUUUCUUUGUCUUGAAGCCGUCCUCUUCCUCACCUUUACAGCUGUAAUGUUUGGUACACAGAUACACUCCAUCUGCAAUGACGAGACGGAGAUUGAGCGUCUUAAAAAUGAAAAGCCCACUUGGGAGCGUCGCGUGAGAUGGGAUGGAAUGAAAGCUGUGUUUGGUGGUCCACCAUCUCUCCUGUGGUGUAACCCAUUCACAGGUCUGCGCCUGCGACGCCUGUUGCUGUUGACCCAUGGCCGCCGUGGUGGAUCGGAGUUUUCUGUCUGAGGGGAGCACAGACUGACGCAGUGAACCAGCACAUGGUCAUCUCUAAGACAAGAUCUCUUGUACACCCUCCUUGGCUGAGGCUAAACUGGACCUCUGCUCCUAGAGGUUGUCCUUCAUGUGUGGAUAACAGGGAGACAUGCUACUCCAGCAGGACCCCAGUGCAUCACACCCACCACUGAAAGUUUGAAUUCUAACUCUCACAUGCAGAUGUAGACCCAAGGACCUAUGGUGAACAACUGGAGUAGUGUUUUUAUCAUGAGCAGCUUUUUGGUUUGUUGGUGUAUUUUUUUAGAUAAAGCAUGCAGUAUGCAACUCAAGUGAGUCUUUUAAUCCUUGUGAGACCGUCCAAGGUGCGGUAUUACCUUUACUCAUGCGCCUUCAAAUACACAACUUCUUCAGCAGUUUUUCUUUGCUGCACACAUGAUUUUUUUUCUUGUUGGGAGUGGACAAACAGUAUAUCAUUUCAUCAAUGAUGGAUCUAAAUGGGGAAAAGCUUAAAAUUGUUCUGUUGGACCCAGACAAGGGAAUCGCAGUCAAGGACAUGCACUACUUACAGUUUAAGGCACUUGAGAAAGCCUAUAUCGGGAGAGCAAUGGAACUGUGCCACCUUGAAUUGCAUGUAUAACAACUCAGUCAGUAUCUCAUCUCAGCCUGAGAUAACAAACACGUUACUGUGAACACAGGCCUCAUUCUUGUUCUAGAGAACUGGGUGGUUUUUCCUGUCUGUUCAUCUUUUUUGCCCUGUAUUUUCUCCCUUCAGGUAGAAUGUUUGAUUGUUUGGGGUACAUGUGCCAGUAGAAAUUAAGUUUUCUUUUGUGUUUUGUUUCUUUAAAUAACUGCUGAAGCUUCACUGACUUUGCUUACAGUGACCACUCCUCAACCGUUGACCAUGCGACUCACUGGAGAUUACUACUGUUAAGAUUGAUAUUAAUUUGGACAAUGAAACCAUGUUUUGUAUCAGUCAGACUUACCUGUUCAUCAUUGUUGCCAUUCCACCACUUCCCACAGGCUGCUCCAUAUGUCAUUCUCCACAAACAUUCAGUGACCCACAUACCACCGAUAUGCCUCCCUGUGUUUCCAUUACAAAGUGAUUCAUGUUGCUGCUGAAAAGACUGAAUGUUAUUGAGACAGACUUGUUAUAUCGACGCAACAGUUUAUGUGAAAAACUGGAGGCUACUACUGUGUUUAGGUUAAAAUCCAUGUGUUUUGAUUAGACUUGAUAGCAUUUAAGCCCUAAAAACACAACAUAACAAACUCAGUUUGUUAGCUGAUUUUUAGACGCGAAGGCUUUGCAUGCUCCUUGACCAUCAUGUAAAAAUACAACUUCAAACACUAUUGAAAUGUCCUUUGGCAAGAUCUGAAUUCAUUGUGCUCAACAGAGCUCUGCUCAGAAUCACUCAAAUAAAAAGAGGCUGCUUUGCUAAAGGAGAUAAGGCACCAGGCUCAACUUACAAGAUUUAAUACAGAACAAACUCUGUGUUAAAGAGGCCUUUUUCUGCUUCACUUUGGAAAAAGUCACACCUGUAACAUUGAGUAGUGUGGCAGUGUCCAUGCCUUUAAAAUGAUUCAGUCUAGUGAAGGUAUCAGCUUGACAGAUGUUACUAUUAUUGCCAUAUUUAUGUAAAGUAUUUUCUCAUCUUGUCUCCUUUUUUCUACUCAGCCAAAUUCAUGGACCUGUUUGCACUGGAUGAAUGUGGAUUUUUUUGUUAAAACUAGAGUUCAGGAUUUCUCCCCAAGUCCUGAAUGAAAGGCUGGUAUCUCUAAGUUCAUCAUGUUUGACAAUAUCCUGCUGGUCGUUCUUACCUGUGGUUGUCGAGGGAAAGAACUCUUUUUCCUAUGUUUACACUAAAUGACACCUGAUGCCCAAUGUUUGAAAUAACAUGUUGUCGUUAGAAUGUAAAACACGUCGAUUUUGAGACUGAGGGACACAGUGCUGAAAGCUAACUGAUAUCAGGGGAUUUAUCAAUAUAUAUUAUUGGCCACUCAUUUCUUAGUUUAGAAUGCUGGACUCUGUAUUUAGCAUGAUUAUUUUGGAAAAAGCUAUUAUUCUUACAUGCUAAAUGUGCUUUUUGGUUUCAGCAGGGCAAAAUGAACAGGAGUGAAAUUCGGCCCUACCCAUGGCAUGCCCAUAAAUGCCAUGUGUGUAUUUAUAAGAUGAUAGACAGUUUAUUUAUUAGUUCUAAAAAUAUAUCAGGAAAAAUCAGUGUUUUAUAGAUGCACAAAUGCCUCGCUAAUCAAGCAACAACUGUGUUAAAACAUUUUAGAAAUGCAACAUACAAUUAAAAUACGGGGCCUAGAGAACAUAGGUGCUAAAUAUCUUUAAAAUAGAAGUUCAUAUCUGAAGCAGGACUUGAUAUACAGGGGCAUGCAGGGGAUUAAUGCACUGCUAAACUUUAUCUAUAGAGAGUGGCAGAGCUUUUUGUUAAUAGAAAAACAGUACAAUGACAGCCCGGGUAUAAAUAUUUGGUUUGGUAAGUUUGGUUGAUUUGUCUCAGUUUCCAUGAUCAAAAUCAGAUGCUCUGUUCAGAAUGUCUUAAAAGUUGCAUUCUGUUUCAGACUAUGUAGUCUGAUAUCCAUGCUUACUAAUAGAGUCGGUUAUUAAUGACUUUAAAGAGUGAUACAGGAAAUGGUAUUUUGAGCCUUUUUAAAACUUCUGCUGUAUGACGUAGAAAUGGCAAUCAUCACAGGGAGUAGUAUUACAUGACAAUGCCCAAUUGUAUAAAUAAUAUAACACUAUUCUAUCAGAGGUUCAUCAGGGGGAUUUGUGCUGAUAAUUUAGGAAGCAUAUUGUGGUGUAUAGUAACAGUUCCUAUCAGAAUGGUUCUUUAAUCGCAGACUUCUCAUCAUAGUCAUGAACAGUAGAGAAAUGCUUUGUCUCCAACUCUCAUAAGAAAAUGUUCCCUCAAGAACAAAAGCCCUUCAGCUUUAUAAACAAAUUAUAAAAGUUACUAUUAACAAUAGACAGUAAAUGGAAUGUUUUAUUCAAUUUUUUAUUAAUGUGUCAUAAUCUUAUAAUGUCAUAUCUUUAAUGUCAUUUUACAUAAUAAACUUGAUUAAAUCAAA